UGGUGGCCCCAGAAAUGCAACAUGUGUGUUUUGAAAAUUCCGGUGCGGUUUUGCAAUGAAACCGACUGACAGAGAGAAUAGAGGAAGAGGCUGACAGAGAGGAGGAGGCAGGCAGGGGAAGGGCCGCGGAAAUGUCAAACUACUUCACUUGACGCAAGAUGGAGUCGCUCCUUUUUGAUUUAUUAUACGCGCGGCCGUGAUAACAUUUUUUAAUUAAGCGGCGUCUUUAGUGUAACACAGCUCUCGUGGCUCAACAAUGGACUCGAGCAUUAUGGAGAUAAUAGAGGAAUUCAUGGAAAGCGCGUUGGCGCGAUGGGUGCAGCUGUUUGAGAGCAUGGUGGACAGGGAGGACGGCGUGCCUCUCUACAGCCAGUACAUGGAAGUAAACUCCAUUUCCCAGAGCGCCCGUCAGCGCUACCUGAAACUGACCAAUGGGAUAUUCCUCAAUGAGGUUAUGAGGGUCAUAGACCCCAACCCCAAGGUGGAGCAGCUGUACCUCAGCGACAGAGACGACCACAUGCUGAGAGUCCAGAACUUUUCCAUUUUAAAUCGACACCUCAGGGCCUACUAUCAGGAAGACCUGCAGCAGUUGAUACUGAUGCCUCUGCCAAAUAUUGCCAUUCUGGGGCAGGACCCCCUAACAGAGGCAGCAGUGCAGGAACUCAGGAGACUGCUGCUGCUGCUGCUAGGUUGUGCAGUUCAGUGUGAGAAUAAGGAGACGUUCAUUCAGCAGAUCCAGUCGCUGGACAUCGAGACCCAGGCAGCCAUUGCCAGCUGUAUUCAGGAGGUGACUCAAGAUCCACGGAUGGUGCUGCCGCUUCAGUGGGAGGAGCUAGUACAGGUGGAAGGGGCGGAGUUACAGUUGGUAUUCAGUUCCAUGGCCAAACAAAUCCAAGGCCUGCUGUCACAGAGGGACACACACCUGGAGAGGAUAGCAGAGCUGUGCAGGGAGCGGGAGACCCAGUCUGACUCAACCACGGCACCCCUGGGUGGUCACAGUGAGGAGCCACCCCAAGGCAUGGCACUCCAGCUGGCAGACAGCAGGGCCAAGCUACGGCGCCUCAAACAACAACUGGAAGAUAAAGGUGAUCAGCUACUAGAUUACAAGCAAGAAAUUCAAACCAUGGAGGAACAACUCAAGAAACUUCAGAAAGAGAACCGCUCUCUGCAGGGCGAGGUGCGGGGCAUGCGCGCUCUGCGGGACGAGCUGGACUGUGCCCGUGAGCGCGCGGGUCGGGCCGAGCAGCUCCACACUGAGCUUCAGAGCUGUAAACACAGAUUGCGCAGCCUGGAACUGACACGCACACAGCUCAAGGAGCAGCAGCAGCUGUGCUCGGCACUGCAGGAGACCAAGGCUCUCCUGGAGGAGCAGCUGACGGACGCACGGGCGCGCUGCUCCUCUCUAAGGGAGCUGGAGAGGGACAACCUUCUGCUGCGCCAGCGAAUAAUAGACCUGCAAGCGGAGCGGGACACUGAGAGGCAGAGGGUUGAUGAGCUGCUAGAAAUGAACAUGAGCCUAGAGGCGGACCUGAGGCACAGCAGCAGCAGCAGCGGGGCUCCUGCUCCACUCACCGUGGUUCACCACUGUUUCCACCAGUCAGAAGUGGAGUCCGAUGACGAGCUGAGCGAAACGAUUGCCUCAGAUCUGAAGCCAUGGAGUGUGGAGGUGGGCGAGGCGUCGACACUGAGGCUGCUGGGAGCGGAGCAGGAGAACGCAGAGCUGAGGAGGCGUCUGGAGGAGCUGCAGGCACAGCAGGAGGCUGAUUUACCAGAUGCAAAGGAUGAGCUGGCUUGCCUGGAGACGGAGCGUCAGAACGCACUCAGGGAGUUACAAAACUUGAAGAACGAAAACAGCACCCUGAAACAGCACCUGGAAUUACUGACUACCAAACUGCAACGCAUGGAGGAGCAGAGGAGGGAGAAAGGAAAGACAGGGCUAGAAAGAAAGGAGGAGAGGGGAGAGAGAGGAGUCCAGGGCUCUGAGUCCUCCAGGGGAGAGGGGGAAGGAACAGUGAGGAGGAUGGAGGAGAGGGAGAGAGAAGGAGAAAUCAUCGGUACCCAGCGAGAAGCAGGAGUCGGCGAAGAGCUUCUCCUCCUCGAAGGAGGAAAAGGAGACUUAAGCUAUGACAGAAUCCAUGCCAGAGAGAGAGGAGAGGCCGAGGGAGGGCAGAAAGAGAAAGACAGAGAGAAGCCAGAAAAGGAAAGUGAACUCAGGAAAGUCCAGGCAACAAACUUAGAGAACCAAAAACUAACUGAAACCAAGCAGAGGGAAAGCAGAGAAGCUGAUGCAGAGAGUCCGGCUGCAGACCAGGCCUUGUGUUUGUCCGCUCCUGACAUGGAGCUCAUGACCAGCCGGCUUCAGGAGGCUCAGGAGGAGGCUGACAGACAGGCCUUGCUGGCCCAAGAGCUGCGAACCAAGCUGGGCGAGCAGAGCAGGAAAGCCUGGGAGGCCGAGCAGCGGCUGGUGGUGCUGGAGGCCGAGAUGCAGAGGCUGAGGAAGGCUGCCGAGAGCCUGGCAGAGGCCCGCAGGCAGAUAGAGGUUCUUCAGUCGGAGGGUCUGGUUAUGGAGGAGGAGCUGUGUCGCCUGCGGAGCCAAGUGGAGCUCCAGAGGAUGCAGACCACAGUCAUCGCCACCCUGGAGGGAGAGAGGGCCACGCUGGAGAGAGACAGGGACACGCUCCGCAGCACCGUGGAUGCCCUGCGCACCGCCCAGCGCAAGGGCGACCAGCUGGAGCUGACCAUCCAGACUCUCAGGGCAGAGCUGGAGCGUCAGGGGCGGAGUCUGGAGACCUCACGUCGUCGGGAAGAGGAGCUAGAAGCGGAGCUCCGUGAGGCUGGCCUGGAGGCCGAAUCCCUAGCCCGGGGACGAGACCAGGCGCUGCUGGAGGCCUCGCGAUUGGAGCAAGAGAAGGAGGCGUGUCAGUUGGAGCUGGAGGGCCAAAGGAAGGAGGGGAGGCAGAGGGAGAGAGAGGCGGCCCGACUGAGGCAACAGCUGGAGAGCACAAGCCUUGCUCUGGAGCACAGCAACCAGAGAGCACGGGCCCUGGACACUGAACACAGACGCGUGUGUCAGCAGCUGUCUCAGUCAAGUGAGCUCUGCACUCAACUGCAGGACCUGGAGAAGGAGCUCAGCACUCGAUUAUCCAGUUUGGAGGAGGACAAACAGCAACUGAAGGAGCAACAUGCAGACGCCCUGGCCAAGAUCAGCUCACUGUCUCAGGACCUAUCCAGUGAGCAGGUGCGUUCUCGGGGACUGUCCGAUGAAGUUGAACGCCUGAGCCGGAAACUAGAAAAAGCUGAGGCGGAGCUGAAGGCGGCGACUGAUUCUCUCAAACAAUCACAGAGUAGAAUCGAGUCUCUCUCCCAGUGCCUGAAGAAAAGCGAAUGUCUUCUCCAGUCGGAAAAGAGACGGGGAAGUUCGGAGACAGAAGCCAUCGUGAAGUCGCAUUCAGAUGAGCCAAACAAAACAAACACAUCACAAACACAAGGGACGCCGACUGUGGAUCAACCCCAGCGAGAUGGCAAAGGUCAUGACCUCUCUGUGCCCCCUGACGAUGCCACAGUGGAGCUGGAGAGGCCGCUGAUUGAGAGGUUGAUAGAGCUGGAGAGAGAGAAAGCAGUGGUGAUAGCGGGACAGGAGGCCUUGUUGUCUCGGCUGUCCCAGUCCCAGGAAGCAUGUGAGCACCUUAAGGAGCAGCUAGAGUCCUUACGCCGCCACUCCAUAGGCCUGCAGGACUCCUGCACCCAGCUACAGACACUCAACACCCAGCUACAGGUAGAGCAAGCAUCGCUUAGUUCCCAGCAUGCAGCAGUGUUGGCACGCUGUAGCGAGAGUGAGGCCCGGUGUGCUGCUCUGGAGGCCGAGUCCAAGGUGUGGGUGCGUGAACGGGAUGAGUCAUUGGCCCGGAUGGAGGCGCUGAGGCGGGACCAGGAGCGAAUGACAGCGCUGCAGGAGCGGCAGGAGGCAGAGCUGGAAGAACUGCUGGAGAAACACUCGCAGCUGAGGAGCAGCAACCGCAGCCUUGAGGCCCAGCACAGGGAGCUGGAGGCCAGGUACGCAACGCUCCUGGAAGGCAAAGCCCAACUGGAGGAGAGAGAGAGAGAGAUGAAGACGGAGAGAGAGAAGAUGGAGGGAGAGGCCCAGAGGAGGCUGGAGCGAGAACGGGAGCAGGAGAGAGUGAAAGAAGACAAUGAGAGGCUGCAGGCCCAGCAGAAGGAGUGGUUGGCAUCCCAGGCAGAGCUGCUGGCCCAGGGCUCCAUGCUGAGGGGGGAGCUGAGCGCCACCCAGCUGGAGAGGACUCGGCUGGAGGGGGAGCUCAGCUCCCUGAGAGAAACCAACCAGAGCCUGGACCUCAGCAACGCCCGCCUCACCAGCCAGUACCAGCUGUUGACCCAGCUGAAGGGGAACAUGGAGGAGGAGAACCGACACUUAGUGGAGCAGAACCAGAGUUUGCUGAAGGAGAACCGAGCCUUACUAGAGCAGAGCCUGGAGCGCCGUGACCAGCACCACACACAGCAGAGGGAGUACCAGGAGAAGCUGAAUGAGCUCCGUCGGGAGAAGCAGAAGUUGGUGGAGAAGAUUAUGGACCAGUACAGAGUCCUGGAGCCCAGCAUGCAAUCUCCAGCCAGCAAGGCCAAGAAAUCCAACUGGAUAGCAGACAGGAUGAAGAAGCUAAUCAAGCCCCGGGGAGGAGGAAGAGAGGGACGCGCCCUUUUCACCGCCGCGGGCAGCGUGGAGAACCUGGCCGACAGCACCGAGUACACACCCGACACACACAAACCGCAGCCUGACCCCCGCAGCGCUCCCGUCUCUCCCUCUCCCAUGAGGAGAGCCCCGUCCCAGACAGAGCCAGACAUCUCAGGGCCCGGGGCCCCCGCCGUGCGCUCCAACUCAGGGGGCCGUCGUAAACUGGGUUCCCGUCACGGCUGGGGGCUCGGACUGUCCAGAGGAGGCUCCGGUGUUUCUCAGUCAUUCAGUCCCGGUGACCACAAGACUCCACCCCGCAUGCGGCUCUGCUCCACCCAGGCAGCCUCCUCCGUCCUCUGGGAGGGAGAGAGCAGCCAAACAAGCGCCCCUCAGGAGGCGGAGACACCAGUGACCAGUCAGGAGAGCAUUGAAGAGGACGCAGACAGAGGUGAGCAGGGGACGGCAGACAAUCAGCACUCCAGUGACGGCACGGCGACUGCCUAAGAAGAAACUGUUAUCAACAAUCACUUCAAAAACUCUUUUAUUAUAUGUGCCUUCAGCAAACUGGUUCUGAUCCAACUCUUUGUAUAUCUGGAGGAAUUCUGCAAUAUUUGAGAUCCUCUUAGUAUUUUGGAAUACAUAAAUAAAUAAAUACACUUCUCAGUCAAUAAAUGUUUUCUGGUGUUGCUUACCUUUGAAGGAGUGAACCGCCUCUCUGGAGCCCUGCAUAUGUAAAUCCCUGCCACGGUGUGUGUCUGUGUGUGUGUGUGUGUGUGUGUGAUGCAUACCGCUCAACUGCAGAUGCAUAGAAAAGACAUCAGGGACGC